AUGGUUUUGCCUUCCCCUGACAAACAGCAUGUCUGUUUAACUACCAUAGUCAUCAUGACGAGCAUGGCUGUCAUGGAUGCGUACCUGGUGGAGCAGAACCUGGGUCCACGUAAGAUUGGCGUUUGCAUCAUUGUAUUGGUAGGGGACAUUUGUUUCCUCAUAGUUUUGCGCUAUGUAGCUGUUUGGGUAGGGGCUGAGGUGAGGACUGCAAAACGUGGCUAUGCUAUGAUCCUCUGGUUCCUUUAUAUCUUUGUUCUGGAGAUAAAACUGUACUUUGUUUUUCAAAACUACAAGGCAGAGCGCCAGAGUAUGGAGACUGUCACACGGAAAGCUUUGACUCUGCUACUCUCAGUUUGUGUUCCAGGGCUGUAUUUUGUCCUGGUGGCCCUGGAUAGCAUGGCGCACAUGAGAACUUUUCGGAAAAAAGAAGACAUGCGAGGUAGAUUGUUCUGGGUGGCAUUGGACUUGUUGGACAUACUGGAUAUCCAGGCCAACUUGUGGGAACCACAGCAAACAGGACUGCCCAUCUGGGCUGAGGGACUAAUGUUCUUCUAUUGUUACAUUCUUCUGCUUAUUCUGCCAUGUGUAUCUCUCAGCGAAAUCAGUUUGCAGGUUGAGCACAUGUCUCCACAGAAGAUGAUGCUUUACCCUGUCCUCAGCCUUGUUGGCAUUAAUAUUGUUACUACUCUUAUUCGUGGGGUCAAUAUGGUGCUUUUCCAAGACAGCCGAGUGUCCACCAUCUUUAUUGGUAAGAAUGUAGUGGCCUUAGCCACCAAGGCCUGCACAUUCCUGGAGUAUCAUCGGCAGGCUAAAGAGUUCAUGCCACAAGACCCUGUAACCAUUGCUAUGGAGACACAGCACAACUCAAUGCCACACAAUGAAAAGCUGCCAAAUACUACCACUAGCUUUCCAGAAGAGUCAUCAUCACCACAUGAGAUCACUGACACGUGACCAGAGUUUACAAGAACUCCUAGGACCAAUUCCCAUAGUAAGCAUUUUGGAGUGUUUUUGAAGUUGUACAAACUAUACAAACUAUAUUUAAACUACUGAUCUCAAAACAUGUAUUUGCAGAGCAAAGGUGUGGUGAUAAUACCCAUUAAGCCAACUUAAGACACUAGUACAGAAUAAACACAAAUCUAUGUUGUUUAUUCACUUCACCAUGUUUUUAUUUCAUGGAAAAUUAAAUUGCAUUUUAAUUUCAGCUUGCUCACAUUCAUCUCUUCCCAACCUCAUGCACCAUCAACAUUGUUUCAUGUAUGGCUGUUAAAUUUAUUUAUAAAGCAGGUGUGUGCUGUUGCUCUGUUUCUGCUGCUGCAAACCAAUCUGCCUUUGAUUGGAUUUGUCUGAAGGUUGCUUACACCACUGUACAUACACUUCUUAUUUACCUUUCACUACAGAAUGAAUUCUACGUUAGACUGAUUGUAAGUUUGGUGCUUGAGAAAUAUUAAAUACUGGCUUGUUAGGCAGGUGAAUGAGGUCGUCUUUUCCAAUCCUUUUUGACUAGACAGCUUAAAGUUGGAUGCUGAAGUUCCUCUUUAUAAAGAAUUUUUAUCUCACUAAACUAAAGCAUAACCUCAGCGAAUUAAUGAUUAGUGGCCAUUAAUUUCCAAAGUGAAAUCUCUUUUGGAAUUAUUAGUCGUAUGUAUGUUUUAAUCAGGAUGAAUAAUGUAACCGUAAAGGUGACAGAGUGAUUCUGUUGCCAUGAAGAGAAUAUUUGUAUACUGUAACUGUGUUAAUUAGAGGUGCUAUUUUGCAGCAGUUUCUUACAAUGUGAGAUUUUCCAUAGCUACAAUAUAUUUGUUAUUUAAAGAAUUCCCCAGAUUUCAUGACUUUUGAUUAAUCGCCUUGUAUGCUUCAUUAUAGAGCCUAUAUAGUACUGUACUUUCACAUUUCACAAAAGAAACACCCUUCAAAUGAUCCAUAAGGGUUGCCAAA